CAUUGACCCCUUGAUCCUACAAACGUCAACCAGCAAUUUGCAUCAUCAUGGACACAGACACUGGGCUCAGUCACAAUGGUUCCUCACAGCAUCAAGACAAAGAGUUGUUCUCGACUGAAGACGACAGCAGUCUCUACUUCACCUACAGUGGAGGUUGCAAUGAGCUGGAGGUCAACAACCUGCACUAUGAGGUGGAUACGGCAGCUCAGAUCCCCUGGUAUGAGAGGUUGUCAGAGUUUAAGUUGCCGUGGGAGAUAAAAGGAAACAAACAGACGGCCAUCAACAAGCUCAGCCUGCGAGUCCGCAGCGGACAGAUGCUGGCCGUCAUUGGCAGCUCAGGUUGUGGUAAAACAUCUCUACUGGACAUAAUAACGUGUCGUGAUGAGGGUGGUACAAUGACGUCCGGUCAGGUUCUGAUUAACGGGAAGCCCAACACGCCCCAGCUGGUGAAGAAGAACAUCGCUCAUGUCCGCCAAGAUGAUCGCCUUCUUCCUCACCUCACCGUCCGUGAAACUCUCGUCUUUGUUGCCAAACUUAGGCUCCCAACCCACUUCACACAGGCUCAGAGGGAGCAGAGGGUGGACGAUGUCAUCGCAGAGCUGCGGCUGCGACAGUGUGCUCACACCAGGGUUGGAAACGACUAUGUGAGAGGUGUUUCUGGAGGAGAGAGGAGGAGAGUCAGUAUAGCUGUCCAACUUCUCUGGAACCCCGGUAUUUUGAUCCUCGACGAGCCCACGUCAGGUCUGGACAGCUUCACAGCCCACAACCUGGUGAUCACACUGUCCCGUCUGGCCCGUGGAAACCGUCUGGUCCUCCUGUCCGUCCACCAGCCUCGGUCAGAUAUCUUCCAGCUCUUUGACCUCGUCGUCCUGCUGUCGUCAGGUUCAGCCGUUUACUGCGGCGCUGCUCGUGACAUGGUGCCUUACUUCACUGCGCUGGGACACCCCUGCCCACGAUACUGCAACCCCUCUGACUUCUAUGUCGAUCUGAUCAGUGUAGAUCGGCGCAGUCUGGAGCGAGAAGCUGAGUGUUUGGAGCGAGCCACAGUUCUGGCUGAGCAGUUCAUGGAAAAGGUUCGAGACACAGAUGAUCACAUGUGGAAACCAGCUGCGACCGACACGGCACAAACUGAAAGCCCUCAGCAGCUGAGCACGGUAAAAGAAGAGGAAGUAAUCACUAUUUCCAAACAAAGAGACAGACUGCCUGGGAGACUACACCAGUUUACAAUCCUCAUCAGGCGUCACAUGUAUAAUGAUUUCAGAGACCUGGUCACCUUAUUGGUCCACGGCUUUGAGGCCCUCCUCAUGUCACUGCUGGUCGGUUGUCUCUACUAUGGGGCGGGAGAAGAGCGUCUGUCCAUUCAGGACACAGUGGCCCUCCUCUACAUGAUCGGAGCUCUCACCCCAUUCGCUGUGGUGCUGGACGUCAUAGCUAAAUGUCACACAGAGAGAGCCAUGCUCUACCACGAGCUGGAGGACGGCAUGUUCUCCGUCACCUCCUACUUCUUUGCCAAGGUCCUGGGGGAGUUACCAGAGCACUGUGUGUUCACGUUGGUGUACGGCCUGCCCAUCUAUUGGCUGGCCGGGCUUAAUGAGGCUCCGGAGCGUUUCCUGCUAAACUUCCUGCUGGUGUGGCUGAUGGUUUACUGCAGCCGAGCCAUGGCUCUGUUUGUCGCUGCUGCGCUGCCCACCCUGCAGACCUCGGCCUUCAUGGGCAACUCCUUGUUCACCGUCUUCUAUUUGACUGGAGGUUUCGUCAUCAGCCUGGAGAAUAUGUGGCUUGUGGCCUCAUGGUUCUCUCACAUCUCCUUCAUGCGUUGGGGUUUUGAGGGCAUGCUGCAGGUGCAGUUCAGAGGCAACAAGUACCCCAUCACCAUCUCAAACCUCACCGUCAAUGUUGACGGCAUACACGUGGUGGAGGCCAUGAAGAUGAACCAGUACCCUCUGUACUCAUGCUAUCUGGUCCUGCUGGCAGUCUGUCUGGUCUUCAUGGCGCUCUAUUAUUUGUCUCUUAAAUUCAUCAAACAGAAGUCAAGUCAAGACUGGUGAACACAUCUGGACCAACAAUCAGACCAAACACUGUCCGAAAUAACACACAUCAGGAGCAAGGUUUUACUUUAGUGUUUUUGGUUUGUGUUUUUUGGGAGCAGUGGAAAGAAGUAACUUGGCUUCUAGUUCGACUGGUUCCACACUGAGCCAAUGUUUUCCAUCGUCGUGCUUUACAGUGAAAAGAUGCUUAGAUUAAGUUUACAAUUUUUUAAUAAUUUCAACAUCAGAAACUCCUGCACUCUUUUUAAAGGCAGAAAUGCUUGAAAUGAUCUCGCUGGCACCUCAGUAGGGAAUAAAAAGUCACAUAGUCAAAACAAUUUUAACAUAUACCCAGCCUUAACAGUUUAAAUAAUUAGAAUUCGGGUAAGAAAAAAGUUGUACUUACUUUGUGUAGCAGUACUACUGUCUGCUGCUGGAUGGCAGCAGAGCACUGCAGUAUCAUCAAAGUUAAAAUUAUGGCAUUUUCUUUCCUCUCCCUCGCUUCACCGUCUUGGCAAAUGAUUAGAGCGCCACUUUGGCAGAUAUCCAUCUGCAGCUUUUGCUUGUUCCAUUUUCAAUCUUCUUUUUUUCUACAGCUUUAUCUUUUUUGUAUAUGUAAGGUUAUUAAGCUUAACAAUGUGUGUGCCAGUAUAGGGAGCACUGAAAAAAAAGCAGAGUAGAGAUUUAGUAAGUCACACUCAGAAAAAAAAGAGCUUGUACUUGUGUCCUCAUAAAUUGAAGAUUAUGUAAGCUGUGUGUUUUUGCACUGGUGCAAAAGCCUGAUAAAUAUUUUACAGACAUGGUUCGAGUCCAAAUUAGUAAAGUAUUAAAUCAAAUUGCUCCACUUGAGUGUGUUUAUUUCU